AAAGACAGUAGAUGAUGAGGGUUCUCUCUGUAACCUGUCUCCUGCUCUGUGUCUCUGUACACACGGCUCACAGCGCCGUCUUGAAUCAGAGUCUCACAGAGGGGAAUAACACGUUUCUCUACUGUGAAAAUGAUGGUAAAGUGAUUUGGGAUAAAGGUGUUGAUGAAGGGAGAAGCUCCAUCCUCACUGCUGAACAUGGAGACAUCACUGUUAAACACAGACCUGAUCCAGAUCACAGAUACAGUGUGUUAAGUGAUUUAUCACUGCUGAUAAAGAGAGUGUCUCCCUCAGACUCGGGGAUUUACUUCUGUAACACUGUUCCUGUGGUCAAUCUGACGGUCACUCCGUUAAAAGAGAGAGUAGGAGAGGAGAACCAGUCCACACAGAAGAACCAGUCCACACAGAAGAACCAGUCCACACAGAAGAACCAGUCCACACAGAAGAACCAGUCCACACAGACGACUACAGCAAGAGUGACCAGCACCAGAGUGACUCAGAGUGAACAUGGAGCUUCUCCAAACACCAUUCUCAUGACCAGUGUAGAAGAUGAUGAAGGAUCUUCAGGUAUCAGGACUACAGACUCGACGGUCAUGAAUCAGGAGACCGGACAAACAUCACCGACUCAGACACACACAACAAAGGCAAUGGAAACGAAAUCAGGGAAAAACCAGACAGGUGACCAGAUGAUCCCAAAAAAAGAGGUUUAUUGUCUGGCUUCACACCCAUGAUCACACAUUAAAACACACACACACACACACACAUUAAUCUCACACAUUAAUGUCCAACAGUAUCAUUAAAAAAGCAAAAAAAAACAUAU